AUGGCACUUUCUCGUCCUCGUAUCCUGGCCGCGGCCGCACUCCUCCUGCUGCUGCUCGCCGCCACUGAGAUGAAGGUGGCGGAGGCGAGGACGUGCGUGUCGCAGAGCCAGAACUUCAGGGGUGAGUGCCUGAGCAGCACCAACUGCGCCAGCGUGUGCAAGACGGAGAACUUCCCCGACGGCGACUGCAAGACGCGGGGCCUCGAGCGCAAGUGCUUCUGCAUCAAGGAGGACUGCUAG